AUGGCUGGGCCCGGCACCCACAUUGUCCCUAUGCUGUUCCUCGCCCUCCUGGUGCUCCUGGAGCUGAGCCUGGCAGGCUCCCUGGGACCUGGAACCCCUGCUCGGAACCUUCCUGAGAAUCACAUCGACCUCCAGGACCCAGCACUGUGGAUGCCUCCAGCCAGCCACCACCGCCGGCGGGGCCUGGGCAAGAAGGAGCGGGGCCCAGGCAUGCCCGGCCGGGCCCAGGACGGAACUGUGGUCUCCACCACCAGGCAGGCCUCCAGGCUGCCAGGGACAGGGGAGCUGCUGCCUGGGCAGAGUCCUGCAGGCCUGGUGCAGGACAAGGAGCUGCUCCUGGGGCUGGCACUGCCCUACCCUGAGAAGGAGAACAGGUCUCCUGCGUCAGAGAGGGUCAAGAAACGCAGCAGGGAGCACAAGAGGCGCAGAGAGAGGUUGAAGCUGCACAGAGGCCGAGCUGUGGUCCGAGGUCCUAGCUCCCUGAUGAAGAAAGCAGAACCCUCCGAAGACCAGGCACUGGAUGCCAUGAUGGAGGAGUCCUCCACCAGCCUGGCCCCCACCAUACUCUACCUAACCACCUUUGAGGCAGCACCUGCCACAGAAGAGUCCUUGAUCCUGCCCGUCACAUCCCUGUGGCCCCAGGCUCAGCCCAGGCCUGAUGGGGAGGUGAUGCCCACACUGGACAUGGCCUUGUUCGACUGGACUGAUUAUGAAGACUUAAAACCUGAAGUCUGGCCCUCUGCUAAGAAGAAAGAGAAACACCGGGGUAAACUCUCCAGCGAUGGUAACGAAACAUCACCAGCUGAAGGGGAGCCAUGCGACCAUCACCAAGACUGCCUGCCAGGCACCUGCUGUGACCUGCGAGAGCAUCUCUGCACGCCCCACAACCGCGGCUUCAACAACAAAUGCUUUGAUGACUGCAUGUGUAUGGAAGGGCUGCGCUGCUACGCCAAAUUCCACCGGAACCGCAGGGUCACGCGGAGGAAGGGGCGCUGCGUGGAGCCGGAGACGGCCAACGGCGACCAGGGAUCCUUCAUCAACGUCUAG